UCAACUGCACAAAUCGCAGCGAUAAAACAACAAAUAUUUCAUAUUAUAAAUUUCCUUUAAAAGAUAAGGAAAUUACAAAAAGAUGGGUUAUAAAUAUGAAGCGAGAAAACUGGUUUCCUACUACAGCCAGUUACCUCUGUGCAGCUCAUUUUGAAGAGAAAUAUAUGUACCACACAAAUGUCGAGAGGCGCCUUUUGUCAAAAGCAGUACCUACUAUCCUUAACUUUCCACCACAUUUACAAAAGCAAGAUAAAGUAUUACGACCACAACCCAGAAAGCGAUCUUUCGACAAUUUGCAAGAUAGUGCUGUUACAGUGACAUCAUUAGCACAAAUGCCUGUCAGACCCACAUCUGUUUCUGCUGACCACAAUUACUGUCUACCAAGCCCUAAGAAGUUGAAAACACAAUAUAACAGAGUACAAGCAGAGAAUGUGCGACUAAAGAAGCGGAUAAAGCAAAUGAAGCAACUUAGUGUAAGACACAAAAGAAGAAUAGUGCAGUUACAGACUUUAGUUGCUGGUUUGAGAAGAAGGCUAUGUAGUUCACUUUCUGAUAUGUUAAACUGUGAACAUGUAGUUGGUUUGUUGAAGGAGCUAUUGGAACUUCGGGUCUAGUUUAGCAGGGGAUACAACCCGUCGGCUUUGACCAAUGACGUCAGAAUUGGCCAGAGAGCAUCUAUUACAAAGAUGAAAGAGCUGAGAAGAAUGUUCGGAAACAAAGGAAGGCAAGAGAGAAAAACUGUACUUCACAUAUAUAAGGGCCAGUAGUAUUUUCACGUUAACGAUAUUGUGUGUUUGUAUCUUAGUAUUUCUCCACAAAAUACAAUGGAAAGAAAUG